ACGGCUGGGUUUGCGGCGCCUCUCCUCCCAGGAUGGCUUCCCUGGUUGUAAACAAACCUGGAGCGGGACUAGACAGUGGUCGGCAGGGCACCCGGGGGACGGCUGUGGUGAAGGUGUUAGAGUGUGGAGUUUGUGAAGAUGUCUUUUCUUUGCAAGGAGACAAAGUUCCUCGCCUUCUGCUUUGUGGCCACACAGUCUGUCAUGACUGUCUUACCCGCCUCCCUCUUCAUGGAAGAGCAAUCCGUUGCCCAUUUGAUCGACAAGUAACAGACCUGGGAGAUUCAGGUGUCUGGGGAUUGAAAAAAAAUUUUGCUUUAUUGGAGCUUUUGGAACGACUGCAGAAUGGACAUAUUGGUCAGUAUGGAGCUUCAGAAGAAGCCAUUGGGAUAUCUGGAGAGAGCAUCAUUCGUUGCGAUGAAGAUGAAGCUCAUGUUGCGUCUGUAUAUUGCACUGUGUGUGCCACUCACUUGUGCUCAGACUGUUCCCAAGUUACUCAUUCCACAAAGACAUUAGCAAAGCACAGGCGAGUGCCUCUAGCUGAUAAACCUCAUGAGAAAACCAUGUGCUCUCAGCACCAGGUACAUGCCAUUGAGUUUGUUUGCUUAGAAGAAGGUUGUCAAACUAGCCCACUCAUGUGUUGUGUCUGCAAAGAAUAUGGAAAACACCAAGGUCACAAGCAUUCGGUAUUGGAACCAGAAGCUAACCAGAUCCGAGCAUCAAUUUUAGAUAUGGCCCACUGUAUACGGACCUUCACUGAGGAAAUCUCAGAUUAUUCCAGAAAAUUAGUUGGAAUCGUUCAGCACAUUGAAGGAGGAGAACAAAUAGUGGAAGAUGGAAUUGGAAUGGCUCACACAGAACAUGUACCAGGUACAGCUGAGAAUGCUCGAUCAUGUGUCCGAGCUUAUUUUUCUGAUCUACAUGAAACUCUGUGUCGUCAAGAAGAAAUGGCUCUAAGUGUUGUUGAUGCUCAUGUUCGUGAAAAACUGAUUUGGCUCAGGCAGCAGCAAGAAGAUAUGACUAUUUUGUUGUCCCAGGUUUCAACAGCCUGCCUGCAUUGUGAAAAGACUUUGCAGCAGGAUGAUUGUAGAGUUGUCCUGGCAAAACAGGAAAUUACAAGAUUACUGGAAACAUUGCAGAAACAGCAGCAGCAAUUUACAGAGGUUGCAGAUCACAUUCAGUUGGAUGCCAGCAUCCCUGUGACAUUUACAAAGGAUAACAGAGUUCACAUUGGACCAAAAAUGGAAAUUCGGGUUGUUACGUUAGGAUUAGAUGGUGCUGGAAAAACGACUAUUUUGUUUAAGUUAAAACAGGAUGAGUUCAUGCAGCCCAUUCCAACAAUUGGUUUUAAUGUCGAAACUGUAGAGUACAAAAAUCUAAAAUUCACCAUUUGGGAUGUAGGUGGAAAACACAAAUUAAGACCAUUGUGGAAACAUUAUUACCUCAAUACCCAAGCUGUUGUAUUUGUUGUCGAUAGCAGUCAUAGAGACAGAAUUAGUGAAGCACACAGUGAACUUGCAAAGUUGUUAACAGAAAAAGAACUACGAGAUGCUUUGCUCCUCAUUUUUGCUAACAAACAGGAUGUUGCUGGAGCACUGUCAGUAGAAGAAAUCACUGAACUUCUCAGUCUCCAUAAACUAUGCUGUGGCCGUAGCUGGUAUAUUCAGGGCUGUGAUGCUCGAAGCGGUAUGGGACUGUACGAAGGGUUGGACUGGCUCUCACGGCAACUCGUGGCUGCUGGAGUAUUGGAUGUUGCCUGAUUUUAAAUGCAGCAGUUCAAAGUUUGUGGUUAAGUGUUAUUUUACACAUAUGAUGUUGUAGGAAAUUCUACAUCUCAAAGAUGAUAGUUAAUUUAGGAUAUGUAUAUAAAAGGAAUCUUGGGUUGAGAAUUCAGUACAUUAUUGUAUCUAAAAAAUUAUUCUAUGGUAAAAUUUAAAUAUCUGAGAUUAGAUUGAAUAGAGAUUUCUUGAAUAUACAUUCUUUUAAAAAGUACAUUUGUUAUUUAAGUUUUUCAGAUUAUAUGUGUCCCAUAUAUUGGAAAAGAAGUAGUCACAGAGAAAGGGUAAGUGAAGGUUUAUUCUUUCAGUGAAAAAAUAGCAAACUGAGUGCCUAAUGGAACCUCUGUGUGGAACAUGGGAAGUAUAGCUUCUUUAGCCUGCCUUUUCACUGAAUUGUGGCACUAUUUAGUGGUAGAAAUUCAGUUGCUUAAUGCAUCUUUGGGUGAUAGGAUUACUAUACUUUCUGUUCAGUAUAACAGAACACCUUUAAUGCUAAGAAUAUAAGCUAUAUAAUAAAGUUAAUAUUUUAUAGUGUUUUAUUAAAAUUUUCUUCUACAGUGUUUUGUAUAAAAUACAGUGAAACAGAAUGAAAUUUUAUCUAACUAGGCCUGACCGUCAGAUCAGUACUAAACUGAAGAAUGAUUAAUAAAACUGAAAGUCAUUUGAUUUUCACUAAGAAAUACCCAUUUCCAGGACUGAACCUAGGCUUAUGUAUAGUUUCCUAGGUCAGAGCUCUAAAUUAGUCCUUCUAUUUUUAGUACAUUUAAAGUACUUAGAGUGUUUCUAAAAUAAUAUUGCCUUCUUCGAGAGAAUAAGUAAAUAAAUAAGACUAUAAGUAAAAUGUGAUAAGUUACACAGAGAACCGGGGUUGGCUUUACAUGAAAGAUAGAGACCUAAAUAGAAAACUACUUUUAUCUUAAGAGUUCUUUAAACAAUGAGGAAUGCUUAUUACCUAAUUGCUUUAAAAUAUUUCCCAAAAUAAGUGCAUUUAUGUUGACAAUACAAUAUCAUCAAGGCUCUUGAUGACAAGUCCUUAAAAAGGUAUUUAAGAGGAAAAGUAUGUGUAAAGAAGAAAAAGAAAAAUUCAAAAAGUUUACAUUUAUUAUGCAGUGUU